CUGCCUCCGCCGACUGCGGACGCGCCCUCCGCUGGCACGACGCCGAUGUCCGACUCUGUGCGCGAGCUGCUCCCCCUCCUCAAGGCGCAGGCUCCCCACUACAUCCGCGCGCACAUCCAUGCUCGCCCGUACAUCCUCACGCUCGGCGAUACGCUGCGCCUGCCGUUCCUCAUGAAGGACGUCGUCCCCGGCGACGUGCUGCGCCUGAACCGCGCCACCGUGCUCGGAAGCCGUGACUUUACGCUGCAGGCGGCUGCGAGCUCCAAGGGCACCAGGGAGCAACCUGGUGGCAUUUUGCGUUACUUGAAUGACAGGCUCUUCGUGUGUAGAGCAGUGGUCACGGGUGUCGAAAGCGAGCCGAUGCGCAUCAUGGAGAAGACUAAGAGGAGAAGGAGACAUGUCAGGCAUGCCAAGAGCAAGCACAAGUACACGGUGCUGAAGAUUUCUGAGCUCGUGGUCAAGAGCCCGGAAGAGGUUGAGAUGGAGGAA